GUCAUAUAUGGGGUUUCUUCUUUUUCUGGAUCUUUGUGUGUCAUGAUUUUAACGGCGUGUGAAAGUUUUGAGCUUCAAUUUUUUUGUUUGAAGAAGAAAUAAAAAAGAGCAUUUUUUUUUUCUGUUUUUGAGUUGGUGAGGAUAAAAAUGGGUUGGUGUUAGUUUAAGGUGUUGGCUCUUUUCUGGGAUUGAAGAUAACAUAAUAUUGCUCAAAUGUGAUACUUUUCACUCAUCUAUUUCGCUUUGUCAUGGUAUCUAUCAAUUUUGGAGAUUUGUCAGCCCUUUGAGUUUGAUUUGACAUUUCCUGAUGUACAUUAAUACGAACGCAUACCUAACGAGUGGAAUAUUUGGAGUUUCAUACUUGCUUAGGAGAAACUAUAGUUCAAUAUAUGAAAUAACAUGGAGGCCAACUGCUUGCCUAAGUUUAGAUACUCUUAAAGGGUGUGGUGUUAGAUAUCGAAAGGUAUCAUCUCAAGUUAUGGAAAAGUUUGAUAGCAAUGGCAGUACCAAAGAGUACGUUGAUGACUUGCAUCUUGCGUCUUCUUAUGAGUCUGCCAUGGAGGCACUUUCUUCUCUCAUUACUGGUCAGAAACGUGGACAGAAAUCGUCUAUACCUUGUAAAUAUGAAAAAAUGGAACGAAUGACGAUGUAUCUAAAGAUACUUGGCUUGGAAGAACAUAUCGCAGGACUCAAAAUUAUUCACGUGGCUGGAACAAAGGGGAAGGGUUCGACCUGCACCUUCUGUGAGGCUAUUCUACGGGAAUGUGGUGUGCGAACUGGACUCUUCACUUCUCCUCACCUAAUUGAUGUGAGAGAAAGAUUCCGAAUAAAUGGGUUGGAGAUCACAGAAGAUAUGUUUCUACAGCAUUUUUGGGAAUGCUGGCACAAGCUGGAGGAAAAUAUAACAGAGGACCUACCAAUGCCUCCAUUAUUUCAGUUCCUCACUGUAUUGGCGUUCAAAAUCUUUAUUUCUGAACAGGUUGAUGUUGCUAUUGUUGAAGUUGGUAUUGGGGGAAAACUUGAUUCAACAAAUGUGAUCAAAGAACCUGUUGUCUGUGGCAUUACUUCUUUGGGAAUGGAUCAUACAGAGACAUUGGGAAAUACCCUUUCAGAGAUAGCAUCUCACAAAGCUGGAAUUUUUAAGCCUAAAAUUCCAGCAUUCACGGUAUCCCAACUUUCAGAAGCAAUGGAUGUUAUUCGGGAGAGGGCGUAUGAGCUCGAGGUUCCAUUAAAAGUAGCUCCAACACUUGACCCUAAGAAGUUGAAGGGCUUAAAGCUUAGCUUGUCUGGUGAUCAUCAGUUAAUUAACGCUGGACUUGCUGUUUCCCUUUGUAAAUGCUGGCUUCAAAAAACAGGGAACUGGGAAAAGCUUACUAAAAAUGGUAAUUUAGAAGCUGAUUUACCACAUGCCUUUCGUAGAGGUCUGGCAACUGCGCACAUUUCUGGAAGAGCUCAGAUAAUUCAUGAUACUUCUUCAAACUCUAAUGUGUCUGAAGGUUCUCGUGGAGAUCUGAUUUUCUAUUUAGAUGGAGCUCAUAGUCCAGAAAGCGUGGAAGCUUGUGCUAAAUGGUUCUCUAGUUCCAUUAAGGAAAAUGAACAUUCUUCGGUUUCUUCUUAUAAGCUCGAAAAGAUGGAUCGUAUUCUAAGGAAUGGUCACCUUCAACAUGAGAAUGAGUUUGGUUCUUGCAAAAUAUCGAAGCAGAUUCUUUUAUUCAAUUGCAUGGACUUGAGAGACCCUCAAAUUUUGCUUCCCCGGCUUGCUAAUACAUGUGCUUCCUCAGGUACCUAUUUUUCGAAGGCCCUCUUUGUCCCAAGUAUGUCUGCAUAUAACAAAGUUACAUCUGGUGCCUCUGCCAUUCCUUCUGGCAUCUGUAAAAAAGACUUGUCCUGGCAAUUCAAUCUACAGCGAAUUUGGGAAAAGAUUGUCCAAGGAAAGGAAGUAGAUGCUGCUUCUGACAAGGGCUUGAAUAUCGAUAAUGCAAAAACUUUACCUCGUGAAUUCAUUUACCAGGACGCUUAUCGUUGCAGCACUACAGAUAAUUACAUUGCUUCAAGUGCCGUAAUGCCUUCGCUGCCAUUGGCAAUCAAAUGGCUGAGAGAUUGUGUUAAGGAAAACCCUUCCUUGAGACUUCAGGUUCUUGUGACUGGAUCAUUGCAUUUGGUGGGAGAUGUACUAAAGGUAUUAAGAAGAUGAUAGAUUAUCAAGAAGAGGUUAUUGAUUACAGAUUGUUUAAAACAUUCUUUGAAGUGCAUUUUCUUUCACUCCAUUUCUUUCACUCCAUUUUUACAUCAUUGUCAAAAUAAGCUCUAUAUGGCUUAUUGUUUAAAACCUGGCUUGAAUAAUUCUCUUUUCAGUGGAGUUUUGAUAGAUACACUUUAGUUUGUGAUAUUAAUUGUUGUUGUACUAUGAGCAAAAUGAAUUAUUCUAUUUAAUUUGUUCAAUUGAGGAUUAAUUGUUUGGCA